AUGGCCCUGCUCCCACCGGACUCGACGCACCAGUUCACGGUGUCGAACACGGUCUUCGAGGUCCCCAAGCGCUACUCGCUGAUCCGCAGCGUCGGGAACGGCAGCUACGGCGUCGUCAUCUCCGCCGUGGACAGCGACACGAAGUGCAAGGUGGCCAUCAAGAAGAUUCCGCGCGCGUUCGACGACGUCGUCGACGCGAAGCGGAUAUCAGGGCAGCAAAAGGGUGAUUCAACGCGGAUCCUGCGGGAGAUCACGCUGCUGCGGCAGAUGGACCACGAGAACAUCGUGAACAUCAUCAACAUCCUGCCCCCCACCGACGGCGAGUGGACGGACCUCUACAUCGUCUCCGAGCUCAUGGAGACGGACCUGCACCGCAUCAUCUACUCGAAGCAGGCGCUGUCGACGGACCACUGCCAGUACUUCGUCUACCAGAUCCUGCGGGCGCUCAAGUACAUGCACAGCGCCAACGUCAUGCACCGGGACCUGAAGCCGUCGAACCUGCUCCUGAACAGCAACUGCGACCUCAAGGUCUGCGACCUCGGCCUCGCGCGCGGCGUCGAGCCCGAGCAGCGGCCGGGCGACCUCACGGAGUACGUCGUCACGCGGUGGUACCGCGCGCCGGAGAUCAUGCUCGCCUGCACGGAGUACGCCAAGGCCAUCGACGUCUGGAGCACGGGCUGCAUCUUCGCGGAGUUGCUGGAAAGGCAGGCCGUCUUCCCCGGCGACGACUACAUCGACCAGAUCCGCAAGAUCAUCGCGAAAUUGGGCAAGCCCGGGGCGGCGGACUUGGACUUCGUGACGUCGGAGAAGGCGCGGCGCUUCAUUUUGGACCUGCCGGAGACGCCCGGCGCGGACCCGGACCGCGUGACGGCCGCGUUCCGAUCGGCGUUCCCGGGCUGCCCCGACGACGCGGCGCUGGACCUGCUGCGCCUCAUGCUGGUGUUUAACCCGCGGAAGCGCGCGUCCGUCGAGGAGUCGCUGGCGCACCCCUUCAUGGCGUCGCUGCACAUGGAGAGCGACGAGCCCUGCGCGGACUUUUCGGCCGUGCUCGACUUCGAGAAGCAGACGCUGGACCGCGACUCGCUGCGCCAGCUCGCCUGGGGCGAGAUGCUCCACUACAACCCC